UGAAAAUCUCGCGGGCGCGUAAUUCGUUGGUCGUUCCUUAUGGUUGGUCGUGAAGUUUUCUACCCUCUUCCACACUGUCAAACGCUGAUUGAAGGACUAUUCUGAGAACUUCCGAGUAACCAGUCCUUAAGUCGGUUCUCUAACAAACUUCGUAUUUUAUUCAUGGCUGCCCUUUGUUGGACCAUAUUUUCAAGGUUUCGUGUUAAUUUUAAUCAUUUCAAAUGCUUGACUGCAACACCGUCCAGAUCAGCGAAUACAAAACAAUUAAAACACCCCAAAAGGAAGGGCGAUAAUCUGGAACCUGUUGCUACAUCGGGUGGUGUGUCUGACUAUGCAAAAUCUGCAAACAUCGUAAAGUCAAAGGAUCUUCUUGGCGAUUUUAUUAAAGAAUAUCGUUUUGGUAAUGAUGCACCAUCAACAGCAUUUGUUAAUCUUCCUUCACCGGCUAAUGUAAAUAUUUUCACUCAUCAAGAUGUCCGACCUGCUGAUUCUUGUAACUCAUUAAACCCCAUUUUUGAUGCCGUUGAGAAUUUGGAAGCCUCACUUUUCAGUUGUGCUCUUCCAAACAACCAGUUCGAAGAAUGGUUAAAGUGGACUGUCGAAAAGAAAAUGUGGAGUUUUCCGAUUAAUAAUGAACAAGAUUGGGAUUCCGAGUUAGAUGUACCCUUUUAUGAUCAUGUAUUUCUGGAGAAUCAUCUAAACAAGGAACAUCUCAAGUGUAAACCAUUGGCAUCGUUCUUGGAACUUGUCUGCACUGGUCUUUCGAAAAACCCAUAUUUUAGUGUUGACGAUAAAAAGCAACAUCUCGAGUGGUUCACACAGUUCUUUGACGAUAAGAUAACGCGAAUAAACGAUUCCAUAAAAGAAGAACAUAUGGCUAAUGUAGAGAAAAUUUCUAGAGGAACUUCGACAUAAUCUACUAAUUUUUACUUUUCAAAUAAACCAUUCCCUAGGAA